GGCCACCGUCGCGGCUAAGGCCGUCGCAGAGCGGCCAGCGGAUUGGAUGACUGGGUAGGGUCAUCAGUUCCGCGGCGUCGGCGCUUACUGUGUGCGUCAUUUCCGGGCGGCGCGGGACGGAGUGGCCAACGGCCUGCAGAGCAACAUGCCUAAGUUUUAUUGUGACUACUGCGACACGUAUCUCACCCAUGACUCUCCAUCUGUGAGAAAGACACACUGCAGUGGUAGGAAACACAAAGAGAAUGUGAAAGACUACUAUCAGAAAUGGAUGGAAGAGCAGGCUCAGAGCCUGAUCGACAAAACAACCGCUGCAUUUCAACAAGGAAAGAUACCUCCUACUCCAUUCUCUGCUCCUCCUCCUGCAGGGGCAAUGAUCCCACCUCCCCCCAGUCUCCCGGGUCCUCCUCGCCCUGGUAUGAUGCCAGCGCCCCAUAUGGGGGGCCCUCCCAUGAUGCCAAUGAUGGGCCCUCCUCCUCCUGGGAUGAUGCCAGUGGGACCUGCUCCUGGAAUGAGGCCACCUAUGGGAGGCCACAUGCCAAUGAUGCCUGGGCCCCCAAUGAUGAGACCUCCUGCCCGUCCCAUGAUGGUGCCCACUCGGCCAGGAAUGACUCGACCAGACAGAUAAGGAGAGACAGGAACCUCUUUCUAUUCAUUUUCUAUUACUUGUUCUACUUCAGGAGAUCAUGGUGCUGUGACUCUGGGUGUUUUCUCACAGCAGGACAAGGAAGACUUGCUCCCCCUUCCUAUCAAAGAGAGAAUAGUUUUUGCAGGGGAGUAGUGAGACAAAAAAAAAAAAAAAAGCAAUUUUCAUUUGUAUUGUGAAAUGUGAAAAUAAAAUUGUCAACUGUUUUAGUUAAAAAUGUGUUCCCUUUUUUCUCCCCUCUGUAUUCCUUGUGUAUUAUAAAAGAGAUGAAGUA